AUGGCAAAUAACGACUCGGGAGUUCCUAUCCCUGUUGGUGGAGCACCAUCAGCUUAUUCAAAUCAAUACAAUCAAUACGCUUAUGAAUCCAACCCUCAAACAGAAAAAUCCCAACAAGACAAACUCAAGGAGAAGGCUAGAAAAUGGCAACAAUUACAGAACAAGCGCUAUGGUGAAAAGAGAAAAUUUGGCUUCAUUGAACACGAGAAAGCUGAUAUGCCUCCUGAGCAUCUUCGCAAAAUCAUCAAAGAUCAUGGUGAUAUGACAGCAAAGAAGUUUAGACAUGACAAGCGUAUCUAUUUGGGUGCUCUCAAAUAUGUACCUCAUGCUGUUCUCAAAUUAUUGGAAAACAUGCCCAUGCCUUGGGAACAAGUCAGAGAAGUCAACGUCUUGUACCAUAUCACAGGUGCUAUUACCUUUGUCAAUGAAAUCCCUUGGGUCAUUGAACCUGUGUACAUUGCUCAAUGGGGCUCUCAAUGGAUCAUGAUGCGUAGAGAAAAGCGUGACAGAAGACACUUUAAGCGUAUGCGUUUCCCUCCAUUUGAUGACGAAGAGCCUCCUCUUGAUUACGGCGACAAUAUCAUGGACGUGGAGCCUUUGGAAGCAAUUCAGAUGGAAUUGGAUGAAGAUGAAGAUGAAGCUAUUUACGAUUGGUUUUACGACAACAAGCCUUUGAUGGACACCAAAUACGUCAAUGGCUCCACUUACCGCAAAUGGCGUCUUGAUUUGCCCAUCAUGUCCACCUUGUACCGUGUUGCUAAUCAAUUGCUGUCUGAUCUCAACGACAAGAACUAUUUUUAUCUGUUUGAUCUCAACUCAUUCUUCACUGCCAAGGCAUUGAGCAUGGCCAUUCCAGGUGGUCCCAAGUUUGAACCCUUGUACCGUGAUAUGGACACUGCUGACGAUGACUGGAACGAGUUUAACGACAUCAACAAGAUCAUCAUUCGCCAGCCUGUGCGUACCGAAUACAAAAUUGCAUUCCCCUUCUUGUACAACUCUCUUCCCCGUAGUGUCAAGGUCUCUUGGUAUCACUAUCCUUCUGUCGUUUUUAUUCGUACCGAGGAUCCUGAUCUCCCUGCCUUUUACUUUGAUCCCAUCAUCAACCCCAUCUCUUCACGCAAUGUAGAUGCUGCCAGCAAGGAACACGAAGACGAGAUCUUUGGCGACAAUGACGAGGACACUGAAUUCACUUUGCCCGGCCAUGUUGUCCCCUUCUUGGAUGAAACUGAACUUUACACAGACAACACUUCCAGUGCCAUUACUCUCUAUUGGGCUCCUCAUCCUUUCGACAAGCGAUCUGGUCGCACCCGUCGUGCCCAAGAUGUACCUUUGGUCAAGAGCUGGUACCUUGAACACUGUCCCGCUGGCCAACCUGUCAAGGUCCGUGUCUCGUACCAAAAGUUACUCAAGUGCUAUGUCCUGAAUGCUCUCCACCAACGUCCUCCCAAGGCACUGAACAAAAAGUACCUCUUCCGCAGCCUCAAGUCCACCAAGUUUUUCCAAACCACUCAGAUUGAUUGGGUUGAAGCAGGUCUUCAAGUGUGUCGCCAAGGCUACAACAUGUUGAAUCUGUUGAUCCACAGAAAGAACCUCAACUACCUCCAUCUUGAUUACAAUUUCAACUUGAAGCCUGUCAAGACCUUGACCACCAAAGAAAGAAAGAAGUCUCGUUUCGGUAACGCUUUCCACUUGUGCAGAGAAAUCUUGCGCUUGACUAAGCUGAUUGUCGAUUCUCAUGUACAAUAUCGUCUUGGUAAUGUGGAUGCCUUCCAAUUGGCUGACGGUUUGCAGUACAUCUUUUCUCAUGUGGGUCAAUUGACCGGUAUGUAUCGUUACAAGUACCGUUUGAUGCGUCAAAUUCGUAUGUGUAAGGAUUUGAAGCACUUGAUCUACUACCGUUUCAAUACGGGCCCUGUUGGUAAAGGUCCAGGUGUAGGUAUCUGGGCUCCUGGAUGGAGAGUGUGGCUCUUCUUCAUGCGUGGUAUCGUGCCUUUGCUUGAGCGUUGGUUGGGUAACUUGCUUGCUCGUCAAUUCGAGGGUAGACACUCCAAGGGUAUCGCCAAGACUGUCACCAAGCAACGUGUGGAUUCUCACUAUGAUUUGGAGCUGAGAGCUGCUGUUCUCCACGAUAUUAUGGAUGCUAUGCCCGAGGGUAUCAAGGGUAACAAAUCGCGUACUAUUCUUCAGCAUUUGUCUGAAGCCUGGAGAGCUUGGAAGGCCAACAUUCCAUGGAAGGUGCCUGGUAUGCCUGCUCCUAUUGAAAACAUGAUUUUGCGUUAUAUCAAGGCCAAGGCAGACUGGUGGACCAGUGUUGCUCACUAUAAUCGUGAGCGUAUUCGAAGAGGUGCUACUGUCGAUAAGACCAUCUGUCGCAAGAACUUGGGUCGUUUGACUCGUCUUUGGCUCAAGGCUGAACAAGAGCGCCAACACAACUACCUCAAGGACGGUCCUUACAUUACUGCUGAAGAGGCUGUUGCCAUCUACACCUCCACUGUCCACUGGCUCGAAAGCAGAAAGUUCUCCCCCAUUCCUUUCCCUCCUCUUUCCUACAAGCAUGAUACCAAGUUGCUUAUUCUUGCUCUUGAACGUCUCCGUGAAGCCUACUCUGUCCAAGGCCGUCUAAACCAGAGUCAGAGAGAGGAACUCGGUCUGAUUGAACAAGCGUACGACAACCCCCAUGAAGCUCUUUCUCGUAUCAAACGUCUCUUAUUGACUCAACGUGCUUUCAAGGAAGUUGGCAUCGAGUUUAUGGAUCUCUACUCUCACUUGAUUCCUGUCUACGACAUUGAGCCUCUUGAAAAGAUUACGGAUGCCUACCUCGAUCAGUACUUGUGGUAUGAGGCUGACAAGCGUCAUCUCUUCCCUGCCUGGAUCAAACCCUCUGAUUCUGAGCCUCCACCAUUGCUCGUCUACAAGUGGUGUCAAGGUAUCAACAACCUGACUGAUGUCUGGGACACCACCGAAGGCCAAUGUAAUGUGAUGAUGGAGACCACCUUUAGCCGUGUGUAUGAAAAGAUUGAUCUCACCUUGCUGGGUCGUCUGUUGCGUCUUAUUCUGGAUCACAAUUUGGCUGAUUAUGCCACUGCAAAGAACAACGUUGUGCUCAACUACAAGGAUAUGAAUCACGUCAAUGCCUUUGGUCUAAUUCGUGGUCUUCAGUUUGCUUCCUUCAUCUUCCAGUACUACGGUCUCGUUCUGGAUCUGUUAGUGCUGGGUCUUCAUCGCGCUAGUGAAAUGGCUGGUCCUCCUCAACUGCCCAACGAUUUCUUGCAAUACCGUGAUGUGGAUACAGAGACUCGCCAUCCCAUCCGUUUGUACUCUCGCUACAUUGACCGCAUUCACAUCUUCUUCCGCUUCACUGCGGAUGAAGCGCGUGAUCUGAUCCAGCGCUAUUUGACUGAACAUCCUGAUCCCAACUUUGAGAACAUUGUGGGCUACAACAACAAAAAGUGCUGGCCUCGUGAUUGCCGUAUGCGUUUGAUGAAGCAUGAUGUCAACUUGGGCCGUGCUGCUUUCUGGGACAUCAAGAAUCGUCUUCCUCGCUCACUGACCACCAUUGAAUGGGAGAACAGCUUUGUCAGCGUCUACUCCAAGGACAACCCGAACUUGCUCUUCUCCAUGAGCGGCUUUGAGAUCCGUAUCCUGCCCAAGAUCAGAAGCAUGAAUGAAGAGUUUACGCUCAAGGACGGUGUCUGGAACUUGGUGAACGAACAGACCAAGGAGAGAACCGCUCAAGCCUAUUUGCGUGUAGACCAGGAAUCCAUGGACAAGUUCCACAACCGUAUUCGUCAAAUCCUGAUGGCUUCUGGUAGUACCACCUUCAGUAAGAUUGCCAACAAGUGGAACACGGCUUUGAUCGGCUUGAUGACCUACUACCGUGAGGCUGUUGUGCACACGCGUGAGUUGCUGGAUUUGCUCGUCAAGUGUGAAAACAAGAUUCAAACGCGUGUCAAGAUUGGUCUCAACUCCAAGAUGCCUUCUCGUUUCCCUCCUGUUGUGUUUAUGACACCCAAAGAACUCGGUGGUCUUGGUAUGCUCUCUAUGGGUCACGUCUUGAUCCCUCAGUCUGAUCUGCGUUGGUCGAAGCAAACAGACACUGGCAUCACUCAUUUCCGCUCUGGUAUGAGCCAUGAUGAAGACACUUUGAUCCCCAACUUGUAUCGUUACAUCCAAUCUUGGGAAUCUGAAUUUGUGGAUUCCAAGCGUGUGUGGGCUGAAUACGCAUUGAAGCGUCAAGAAGCCAAUGCCCAGAACAGACGUUUGACCUUGGAAGAUUUAGAAGACUCGUGGGACCGUGGUAUUCCUCGUAUCAACACACUGUUCCAAAAGGAUCGCCAUACGCUUGCUUAUGACAAGGGCUGGCGUGUGCGUACUGACUUUAAGCAAUAUCAAGUGCUCAAGAACAACCCCUUCUGGUGGACUCAUCAACGCCAUGAUGGUAAACUCUGGAACUUGAACAACUACCGUACCGAUAUGAUCCAAGCUUUGGGUGGUGUUGAAGGUAUUUUGGAGCACACGCUGUUUAAGGGCACUGGCCACACGUCUUGGGAAGGUCUUUUCUGGGAAAAGAGCAGUGGUUUCGAACAAUCCAUGGCCUCCAAGAAGCUUACGAACGCUCAGCGAUCCGGUUUGAACCAAAUCCCCAAUCGUCGUUUCACUCUCUGGUGGAGUCCUACCAUCAAUCGUGCCAACGUCUAUGUCGGUUUCCAAGUGCAGCUUGAUUUGACCGGUAUCUUUAUGCACGGUAAGAUUCCUACGCUCAAGAUUUCUCUCAUCCAGAUCUUCCGUGCCCAUUUGUGGCAAAAGAUCCACGAAGCCUUGACCAUGGAUUUUGCCCAAGUCUUUGAUCGUGAAUUGGAGGCUCUCCAGAUUGAAACUGUGCAAAAGGAGACGAUCCAUCCCAGAAAGUCCUACAAGAUGAACUCGUCUGCCUCUGAUAUUCUCUUGUUUGCUGCUUACAAGUGGCCUGUGUCUCGUCCCUCGCUCCUGAACGAUCCCAAAGAUGUCAUGGAGGGCCCUACCACCACCAAGUACUGGCUCGAUAUCCAAUUGAGAUGGGGUGAUUUCGAUUCGCAUGAUAUUGAGAGAUAUACGCGUGCCAAAUUUUUGGAUUACACUACAGACAACAUGAGUAUCUAUCCCUCGCCUACUGGUCUGAUGGUCGGUGUCGAUCUCGCUUACAACAUGUACUCUGCCUAUGGUAACUGGAUUCCUGGUAUGAAGCCUUUGGUGCAACAGGCUAUGGGUAAGGUCAUGAAGGCUAAUCCUGCCCUGUAUGUCCUGCGCGAACGUAUUCGUAAGGCUCUUCAACUGUAUUCAUCUGAACCUACUGAACCCUACCUGUCCUCUACCAACUAUGGUGAGCUGUUCAGUAACCAGAUCAUCUGGUUUGUCGAUGAUACCAACGUCUAUCGUGUCACUAUCCACAAGACCUUUGAAGGUAACUUGACCACCAAACCCAUCAACGGUGCUAUUUUCAUCUUCAACCCUCGUACUGGUCAACUCUUCUUGAAGAUCAUUCAUACAUCCGUAUGGGCUGGCCAGAAGCGUUUGGGUCAAUUGGCCAAGUGGAAGACUGCAGAAGAAGUUGCUGCCUUGAUUCGUUCCUUGCCUGUAGAAGAACAGCCUAAGCAAAUCAUUGUCACUAGAAAGGGUAUGUUGGAUCCUCUUGAAGUCCACUUGCUCGAUUUCCCCAACAUUGUCAUCAAGGGUUCAGAGCUGCAACUGCCUUUCCAAGCAUGUCUCAAGGUGGAGAAGUUUGGUGAUUUAAUUCUGAGAGCCACUGAGCCUCAAAUGGUCUUGUUCAACUUGUACGAUGACUGGCUCAAGACAUUCUCAUCCUACACUGCCUUCUCUCGUUUGGUGCUCAUCUUGCGUGCUCUCCAUGUCAACACGGACAAAACCAAGAUGAUUCUGCGUCCCGACAGAAGCACCAUCACAGAGCCUCAUCACAUCUGGCCCACCUUGUCUGACGAAGAAUGGGCCAAGGUCGAAGUGCAACUGAAGGAUUUGAUUUUAGCUGAUUACGGCAAGAAGAACAAUGUCAACGUCGCCUCUCUCACACAAUCUGAAAUCAGAGACAUCAUUUUGGGUAUGGAGAUCCAGGCACCCUCUCUUCAACGUCAACAAAUUGCCGAGAUCGAAAAGCAAACCAAGGAGCAAUCCCAAUUGACUGCAGUGACCACCAAGACACACAACAUUCAUGGUGAUGAGAUGGUUGUUACCACUACUAGUAACUACGAACAAGCCACCUUCUCUAGCAAGACGGAAUGGCGUAUUCGUGCCAUCUCUGCUACCAAUCUGUACUUGAGAACCAACCACAUCUAUGUCAACUCGGACGAUAUCAAGGAAGAUACUUACACCUAUGUCAUGCCCAAGAACGUCUUGAAGCGAUUCAUCACCAUCUCUGACUUGCGUACUCAAAUUGCUGGUUUCAUGUACGGUGUCAGUCCUCCUGAUGCUCCCAAUGUCAAGGAAAUCCGCUGUGUUGUCAUUCCUCCUCAAUGGGGUACCCAUCAGACAGUCCAUCUGCCCAACACGCUCCCUGAGCAUGAGUAUUUGAAUGAUCUGGAGCCCUUGGGUUGGAUCCACACACAACCACAAGAGUUGAUGAACAUCUCUCCUCAAGAUGUCACUACACAUGCCAAAUUGUUGGUCAACAACAAGACAUGGGAUGGUGAAAAGACAGUUGUCUUAACCUGUUCCUUCACCCCUGGUUCCUGCUCUCUUACUGCCUACAAGCUGUCUCCUGCUGGUUUCGAGUGGGGCAAAACCAACGUUGACCCUGGAAGUCAACCUCAAGGUUACUUGCCCACACACGGUGAAAAGGUGCAAGUUCUCUUGUCUGACCGUUUCCUGGGUUAUUUCAUGGUUCCCUCUGACAUUUGGAAUUACAACUUUAUGGGUGCUCAAUUCAGUGCUAAUCUCAACUAUAGACUCGUUUUGGAUGUACCAAAGGAGUUUUACCAUGAAUCUCACCGUGCUGCUCACUUUAUGAACUUUAGUAGUGAAGUGGAAGCCUCUACUGAAGCAGACAUUGAAGAUGCCUUUGCUUAA